AUGGCGUCGUUCCGCAUCCGGCAGUACCGGGAGCAGGACUACGAGGCGGUGCGGGCACUGUUCGCCCGCGGCAUCCUGGAGCACGCCCCGGCCGGCUUCCGGCACGUGCUGCGCUCGGCGCGGGUACGGCUGGCACUGCUGGCCGUGUUCGUGGCCGCGAGGGCGGCCGCCGGCUCCUGGGUGCUGGGGCUGGGCGCCGUGGCCCUGGCGCUGGUGCUGCUCUGGGUGCUGGUGCGCUCGCUCAGCGCCGAGUACGUGCGCGACGCGCUGGGCACCGACCUGUGCGACGUGCCCGGCGCUUACCUGCGCCCGCCCGACUGCUGCUUCUGGGUGGCCGAGGCGGGUGGCACCGUGGUGGGCAUGGUGGCGGUGGUGCCCGCGGGCCGCGGCGAGCUGGAGCUGAAGAGGAUGUCGGUGAGCCGGGAGCACCGUGGCCGCGGGCUGGCGCGGGCGCUGUGCCGGGAGGUGCUGGGUUUUGCCCGUGCCCGUGGCUACGGCGCCGUGGUGCUCAGCACCUCCAUGGUGCAGGUGGCGGCGCAGCGGCUGUACGAGGGGCAGGGCUUCCGCAGGGUGGGCAUGUCCUACCCCUCGCUGCUGGGCACCGUGCUGAACUUCCAGAUCUUCCGCUACCGCUGCGACCUGGGCGAUGGCACCAAGUAGGGCCCGAGGGGCGCCGGGGGCCUGGAAUGGGUGGCACUGCCACGGCGCCACGGGACAGCGCGGCACCCCGAACCUGGCACACGAGGCAGCGCCGUGGCACCC